AUGGUGGGACUCAAGUGUAGCAGCAGCCAGUGCCUGACGCUCUCGGGCAUCCUUUUGGUCAGCUUUUUCGGCUGGGUAACGGCCCAUCAGUUUGUGCUGCCUCCUCCUGGCCGUUCGCAGCGUUCGCUUUUUGGUCCACCGCCGUCCGGGCCGUGGAGCAGCAGCGGCUGGAGCAGCAGUCCCAGCUUUGAGCUGCCGUCGCAUCAUCAGGACAAUCACAUAACCCGGGAUGAGGUGCUAGCACUGUUGGCCGCCUGGAAGGCAGCGGAUGCCAAGCCGCCGCCGCCGCCAGCCAAGCCGGAACCGGAGCCGGAGCCUGAGCCGGAGCCGGAGCCCGAGCCGGAACCAGAGCCAGAGCCCGAGGAGCCAGCGCCAGGACCACAGCCGGCCGUGCCAUUGACCGUCUCGCUGCCCGCCUUUGUGCCCAUCCAGCUGUCCGCCAUGUACACGGCGCCCGCGCCCGUGCCCGGCGCCGGUCUGGGCGCAUUUGGCUUCGGUGGCGGCUUUGGCGGCGCUGGCGGAGCUGGCGGUGUUGGCGGUGCUGGCGGAGCUGGCGGUGCUGGCGGUGUUGGCGGCGGUGGUGGCGCUGGCGCUGCUGGUGGUGCCGGUGCCGCAGCCCAGGCUCAGGCGCGUUCCGGCCGGCGCAAUGCGGCCCGAGGCAAUGGCAAUAUACGCUUCCCCGUUGCCAAUCCGCGCAGCUUUGCCUCCGCCAAUUAUGUGGCGCCACGUCCGCGUUUCUAUCGCACCAUCGUCGCGGAGACCGGCCAGCCCAUGAGCAUUGGCGCCUUGCCGCCGCCACCUUUUCUCGCCAAUCCCGUUCAAUUCGUGCCCAGCAAUUGGCAGUAGGCGUCCAGUCAAAUCUACAUAAAAUCUAAU